UCUAAAAAAAACACGCCGACACCAUAGCCUCUCUUUUUCUCGUCUCUCUCCCUUCUCAAACGAGUCAUCAUUUAUUCAAUUGAAGCUUCAAUCGCUCCCGUUACCGAUCGUUCUAUUCAAUCGAAGGUUCAAUCAGUAGGCUCAAUCGAUCGUUUUGUUCCCGUUACCGAUCAUUCGUUCAGCCGAUCGUUCAAUCAGUAUGCUUCAAUCAACACUCUCCGUUGCCAACACCGAGCGAUCUAACAGAUUGGGGUUGCGAAAUGGCCAUACACUCGGUUGAACUGAAACAGGGCCAAACGGGGCUCUGUAAUAUUAUUUUUUUUCUUUUUUCAAACGUCGAUACAUCGAUUUUGGUUCACAGGUUUAUAUGUUCAAUGUCCAUCUGUCUCCCUCACGAAUCAAGGAAUACCGUGUUAGAAUUUGGAUUCAUACGCAUUAGGUUGCUUUAUAUUCAAUUAACUCAAGGUGGAAAGAUUGAAGCUGAAGUUAAACUUACUGGAAUUUUGAGCUUAGGAGCAUUACAGCCAAGAGAAGUUAGAAAAUAUGGCACUACAAUUGCACGAGGACUAUUUGCACUAGUUAACCAACAUUUUUUUUGUUGCUUGAAUGGAUAUGGCAGUUGAUUGUAAGCCUGGAGAAGCAUACAAAAUAGAUGACGAAUCAAACUUUUUUAUCUAGUAUAACAAAUUACAUUGUUUACAUAUAUGAUAUUAUAUGAUACAAGUUUCUUUUGUAGGUUGUUGAAGUUGAUGUUAAAGUUGAAGAACCAGGAAAAGACGAUGUUUAUAGUUUGUUACUUUUGCUGUUUUUAUUGUUAAUUUUGCUAUUUUUAUUGUUACUUUUGCUUGUUUUUAUUGUUGAUGUUUUUGCUUUUAUGAAUUACAAUUUUAGUC